GUGACAGGCAGCUGUGGCUCUGUGCUAGUGCACCUCAUCCCUGCACCCAGGGACACUGGCAUCGCCUCAGCGCCUGUGCCCAAGAAGCUGUUCAUGAUGGCUGGUAUCGAUGACUGCUACACCUCAGCCCGGGGCUGCACUGCCACCCUGGGCAACUUCGCCAAGGCCACCUUUGAUGCCAUCUCUAAGACCUACAGCUACCUGACCCCUGACCUCUGGAAGGAGACCGUAUUUACCAAGUCUCCCUAUCAGGAAUUCACUGACCACCUUGUCAAGACCCACACCAGGGUCUCCGUGCAGCGGACCCAGGCUCCAGCUGUGGCUACAACAUAG